CAAUAAGCCUCUUGUUUGUCUGACCGAUGAUGUCAUCCUGCUCCCGUCCUCACCGCUAAUGAAGAGACAAUACCUCGACAUGUUUCAAACUGACCUCCUGAAACAUUUUGGGACCCACUGCUUGGAGCAAAGCAGCCAGUCGGACUCCUCGGAGUGUCUGUGAACUCAACAUUCAUUUCAGCAACAAGACGCGUCCAGUUAGCGAGCAUGGACCUGCACAACGUGAGACGUGCCUCCUCUGCAGGAUACCGCUUACCGGAGCGAUCCAACGCAGACAGGCCGACAACAACGCAGCCACCAGCGGACAGGACGCGGCGCGCCAGAGGGGAAGACCCGGUGUGUGUGGAGCAGAGUCCGGACAGAAGAGAUCCUGCGACCCGGGACCAGCUGUGGAGGGAGCUGGUCUGGAGUGAGAGGAGAGGCCUGAGGGAAUGGGAGAAGAACUGGAGCUUUCUCAGGAACUAUGAUCAGCUGGGACAGCUGAAGUCAGAGGAGCCUUUACCCAGCUACGUGUCGCUGUUCUCCGAUCGCGUCCCCAACACCACCACCCAGAUGUUCGGCAGCCAUCUGUCCACUCCAAUGGGGAGAGAACUGGUCAGACUGGACCGGAUGCUGCUCUGGUCUGGGAGCUCUCACAAGAGCAAGCAGGAUCCAGAGAUGCUGCCUAGCUAGACCGCUCUGGAGACGAGUCAGUUUGUUUUACAUCAGGACCUCAGACCAUCAGGUUUUUACUUAGCCAGGACUCUGCAAACUUCACAAAUAUGUGACACUCACCAAAUUAGUUCACAUUUACUAUUUUUUUUAUUUUGUUUAAAGUCAAGUAUAGCCAUGUUGUUAGAGCCAUAAUUGCUGUCCUACAUAAGCAAAUUUUCCAGAUAAGUCAAUCAUUCAUUGAUCAUAUUUGAGUUUAUGCAUAGAACCUGUGUAAAGUAUUGUGUUAAAGAUUUUCACUCACCAAAUAAAGACAGAUGAGAAGUCAAGACGUUGGCAGAUCAGAUUCGUGUCAUCUGAGCUCCAUCAACUAUUUAACCAGAUACUUGAUAAUUCAACAUGAGACCUGAUGAAACUUGGAUGAGCAAAACAAAACAAAGAACACAAUAGGGAACGUAAAGCUUAAAAGUGUGCAAGUGGAUGUAGAGCUUUAGAACAGAGCACAUAGUUUAAGAACAGCGGCAUCAAUCAAUUUAACAUUUUAAUCAUUUGUUUACUGAUUUUGUUGGAAUAUAUAUUUUAUUUUGGUAAUAAAAAUGGCAGUUACGUGUUUUUCAGGACCUAAGCCAUUGUUCCAGGGAACUUCACUGAUUUUAUGUUGGUGAUGACUCGGUGAAGAAUGUUGUGCAUCCACCUGUACUCUACGGGACAGGCAGCAUACCUCUUGUGUUUGCACUGUUGCCUGAAAAAACACCAUGCUGAUGUAAUGUUGUUUUCAAUCAUUGCUCCUUUGUCUAAAUUUGAAUGAAAAAGUUGUUGUCCAAUGAAUUAGAAAAAGUGAUCUUCAGAUGAUCAAAGUCAACAUCUCAUUGGAAUAAAGAUUUUGCUUGGUUAAGUAAA